AUGGCGUCCAUGCAACUAACCAGAGCCACUCUCUUCGGCUUAUCAAAGGCUUUCCCUAUUGUAAGAUCUCCCGCAACUCUGACUGCUUCGGCUCAGAGAGUCUCUCGCGUCUGCUUCGCCUCCUCUGUUAGCCAUUCAGAGGGAAGAGAUCCGACGAGGGCAGAUUCAACUUACGGUUCUAAUAAAUGGAGGGAGGAUACUGGAGAAAACUACGCACAAGCAGCUAAAGACAAAGCUAACGAAGGAGCGAGCAAAGCUGCUGAUAAAGCUUACGAGACCAAAGAGCAGGCUGAAGACACAGCUUAUGAUGCAAAGGAGAAGGCUAAAGAAUACGCUGAACGGACUAAGGACAAGGUUAACGAAGGAGCCUAUAAGGCAGCAGAUAAAGCAGAAGAUACAAAAGAAAGAGCUAAGGAGAAAGCAGAAGGGAUUAAGGAGACCGUAAAGGGUAAGGCUGAGGAGCUUGGAGAGAAGACGAAGGAGACGGUGAAAGGAGCUUGGGAGACUACAAAGAAUGCUGCGAGGACUGCCACUGAAGCUGUGGUUGGUCCCGAGGAGGAUGCAGAUAAGGCACGGGCUGAUAUGGAUAAAGGAGUGGAAGAUUUAACCAAAAAGGCGGAGAAAAAAGCAGAGAAGGACCGAAAGGAGGAUGAGUUCAUAACAUUUAACUGA